AUGCGAUCUUCGAUCAUUUGCCUGGUCUUGGCCGGCCUCUCGGGCAUCGCCCAAGCUACCCCCGUAGCCAACGCUCCCGGCCAGAACGAGGUCCAAGCCGAACCCCGAGGCCUCCUCACCCGCGGCCUAUCGCAUAUGUUCUCCCCUCGUCAAGCAACGACGCCCACCGAGCCGCCACCGACGAAGAGACAAGCGGCGACGCCUCCGCCUCCCCUGACGAGCGCCCCGAGCGCCGGCGGCGGCGCCGUCAACAAUGCCAACCGGACCGUGACUCUGACCGUUCAGAAGGGCGACACCCUCGGCCAGAUCGCGCGCCUCUUCAACUCGGGCAUUUGCAAUAUCGCCAAGCUCAACAACAUCCCCAACCCGGACUUCAUCGAGGUCGGCCAGGUCCUGCAGAUCCCCGUCAACGUCGCGGCUCCGGACAACGACUCGUGCCUCAACCGCGGCGGCGCCAUCCCCCCCGCCACGCCCCCGGCGAACGGUACCGCGGCGGCGCCUCCUCCGGCCGCACCCGCUGCGCCUCCCGCUGGAGGCAAGAAGACCAAGAGGAGGAGGAGAAGCAGCAACUUGUUCUCGGGACACGGAAACCAGGCUCAUUAG